UUCAAAUAAUCAACUUGAUUUCUAUUGAUUGUUGCUAUGGAAUUGGAUGUUUUUUCUUGAUCAACUUGAGACAAAGUCAAAUUGUAAUCUUUUAGGGAAAACAUCAACACAAUUAAAUUGUAACAAUUAGAAUCAACAAUGUCCAAGGUGAAAUUAUUUUCCUACUGGAGAAGCUCAUGUUCCUAUCGGGUGAGAAUUGCUCUUAAUUUGAAAGCAAUUCCUCAUGAAUAUGUGACAAUUAACUUGGUAAAAGAUGGAGGUGAACAAAAGAAAGAUCAUUUCCUGAAGAUUAACCCGUUUGGUUUCAUUCCAUCAUUGGAGGUUAAUGGUGACAACAAUCAAAAUCAAAUAUUUGAAUCAUUGGCGAUAAUUGAUUAUUUAGAAAACAUUAAUCCAGAGCCAUCAUUGUAUCCAAAAGAUUUAAUUGAUCGAGCAAAUGCCAUUGCAAUCACCGAAUCAAUUAAUUCAGGAAUUCAACCCUUACAGAAUCUAUUUGUUCUGGCAGAGAUUGAAAAUCUUGGCGGAAAUAAAGACCAAUGGGCUAAACAAUUAAUCACCAAGAAAUUUAAAUCAUUGGAAAAUAUAAUGACCAAAACUGCGGGCAAAUAUUGUAUUGGUGAUACAAUUACAAUCGCUGAUGUUUUCUUGGUUCCUCAGGUUUACAAUGCUUAUCGUUAUGGUGUCGAUAUGAGUCAAUAUCCAACAAUCGAACGGGUUAAUAAAUUGUUGGAGGAACACGAAGCUUUCAAGGCCGCUCAUCCAUCCGUUCAACCCGAUGCACCAAAACAAUAGAUGGAUAACUGAUCACGAAUUGUGAAAAUUUUGGAUUGACAUUUAUGUUAAAAUUGAAAUCAUUAAAGUUCAUCUAAACUUUAAACACGA